CGUAAAGGAAUCAGGUUGAAUAUCUGAUGAACUAGAAUAUAAACAGCAGGACUAGGUAUUGUAUGUCACAAUGUCGAUUUAUUGUGAUUCGCGUUUGUUUAUUUAUUAGAGAUGUGUUGACUGAUAAUCAUAUUCAUCAAUCGUACCCAACACUGACUGGGAAGGUCGUCGAAUCAACGCCUACUAAUAUGGUCGCUCAGAAUGGAUUGUGCAAUUAACACCCAUCCGUCCAGGUCGUCACUAGAGGAUUUAUAAGCUUAACAUCCUGGAUACCAUGCGGAACCCCUUGGUUUUCUUCCUGCUGGUGUUCAUCGUCGGACAACCGGUGCUGGGAAGUAAGGGAACGAUGGACGACUGGAUCAGACUUACUGACACUCUGUUCGCCAACUACACGAACGAGGUUCGACCGGCGUAUAACUUCAAUGAGACAGUCGUCGUAAAUUCCUGGAUGUUUUUACUCUCCAUUUUAGACUUUGACGAGGUGGCCGGCGUCAUCACAUUGAGUGCUGGUAUGGGAAUUACUUGGACAGACUACCGAUUGAAAUGGAAUCCUGCCGACUACAACGGUUUAGAAGAUAUUCUUAUUAAUUCUUCAAGAGUUUGGAAGCCAAAACUUUACAUGAUUACUUCUGCCGAUGAUCUGGAGCAGUUCGGACACGCAGAAUUCGAUGUACGGCUGGAUUAUAACGGUACCUGCUCAGUUUUCCCUGGUAAGUUACUAAAAUCGAGCUGCUCCGUGGAUAUGACGAGAUUUCCUGUAGAUUCCCAACUAUGCGAGAUGCUUGUAUUAUUAUGGGGUUUAAAUCCGACUGAAGUCGAACUUACUUCCGCUGCUCAGGAAAUCAGUUUAGAAUAUUUCACUCCCAAUGGAGAAUGGAAAAUAGACAAAACCUCCGUGUAUAAAUACAUGGGGUUCGGAUCUCCUUCCCAAACCACCGCGUUCACAAUUCACAUGACACGAAGAUCGAUGUACUUCAUCAUAUCAAUGACCAUACCGGUUUUCCUUUUGUGCUUCCUCAAUCCCUUCGUGUUCCUCCUGCCGUCAAGUUCCGGGGAGAGAAUAUCCUACACAAUCACCAUGUUCCUGUCACUGGCGGUGUACAUGACGCUCAUCGGAGACAACCUUCCUAAAGUAUCAGAAAACAUGGCUGGGAUGUCGUACUUCUUGCUGAUGGCGUUAAUAUACAGCAGUCUGCUGAUUUUGCUCACCAUAUUUACACUUCGGUGUGAAGCUCUUUCUGACGUUAGCAAAUUUCCAAGAUGGUUGAGGCGGUUGACUCGAUGCUUUAAACGCAGGGGGAACAAAAUUAGCUACAACAAAUCUGAAAAUGUCCAAGACGUCAACGAAAACGAGGAAAAGGAGGGAAGGAAGGAAAACCCUGACGAUUCGCUGAGUGUCUCUAAGAGUGACGUCAUGACACUCAUUGACGUUUCGUUGUUCGUUGUUUCUUUUUUGAUGAUCGUCAUUGCGUCUAUUUGGUUCCUCGUGCGGUAUUACGUCUGAAGCUAAGGCAUUAACCUCAAUGCUUCGUCAGCUAAUGAUAAAUGAUAAAUUAUUAAUUCAAGAAAAGCUUGGAAACUAAUUUGUCAAAAAUUGAGGCGUAUAACAACGAACGAUAAAUUCGAAUGAUACUGGUUGUUUUCUUGAUACUCAUUUCAAAUGACACAUUUUAAGUCAAUAUUGCAAUCGAUGGUGUGAAAAAUCUCUUUUUGUAUGUUUAUAUUAGUUUUAGGUCAAUAUAUGUUUGACUUAUGUAGGACAUUUUUAUAUUCAAACAUAUAUAUUUUGUCUCAUUUGUUUUUAUUCCAAUAUGCCAAACAUGUGAUGACAGAAAUAUUUCCUGCGCAAUUGAUAAAAUUGAUUUAUCUGGAAGACAAGUAAAAAAACUCGUCGUUGCAAUUUCAACAAAAGACAAUUUAACGCGAACAUAUCGUAGCCUCCCAAACACACACGCAUACACUACACGCAUGCAUCACUUGCUCACAGGGGAGGCUGUCCUUAAAUGACCAUAGCUGUUGAUAGGACGUUAAACAAUACUAAACCAAACCAAACCAAACCAAACAAUUUAACGGUGUGAAAAUACGGCGGUUAACAUCUUACUGUGUUGUCGGCAAUUUUUGCGGGCGAUUUAAUUUCGCUUGAUUUGCGGUAACCAAAGAUAGUGCGGAAUUAAACACACAGCGAAAAUGUAUGCCAUGCAUAAACCAAGAUAAAAAGAAAAGGCCUGAUUCAUUUUUGCUGUCGAAUAAUAAAUAAAAACCAAUACUUCAAAAUCAUUUUAUUUUUUAUUUUGACAAAAUAUUUGUAAAAUAAUUCCCAUCGCUCAAAUACAAAAGUAUUCGCUUGACCGCAAUAAUUGAAUCACUGCAAACUCAUUCUGAUCGGGACAAUGGCGAAAAUUAAUCCCCCACCAAAAUUAACAACUACACAGUAUCCAUCUGUCAAAACAUACUAGACUGUAAACACUGUAAAACCAGUUGGCGAUAACUUUAAAUGCAUUGCGGUCACAUGACCUUGGUAUUGACGUCAUCAUCAGUAUGACGUCAUAAUGGAAGCAUUAGAUGACAUUGGUCCCUUAAGGAAAAUGAGUGUUUAAUUGAUAUGCAUCAUUUUUAAAUGAAUUGAUAUUAUUUUGUAUGUAUUGAAAUAUUACCCCAAACAUGUAUUGUACAGUUUUCAGCAUUCUGGGUAUAAACGUGUAAAUAUAGACGUAUCAGGUGAAAUUGUGUCCAACAAGUGAAACACGUUAAAUAGCUUCUAUAUAUAUUAGCUCUAUUAAGGUCAUAUGAGUGUAUUGCUAAACGGAAAUAGGAAGUACAUCCCUAGUUGAAAAUCCAAUGUAGGGAG